UGUAGGAGACAGAUGCUGGGAGAGGGAAGUACGGGCAGGCGCGCACAGUGGAGGGACAGAGAGAAGGAAAGACAGAGAAAGGUUAGGAAGUUGAUGUGUUUUAGCACUUUUUUCCUGUGCUGUAAAGCCACAGAGGAGGCUCAGAUCCAGCUGUGGUCAGAGGUGUGUGCAGAGUGAGGUUCAGAGUCCUGGUUAUCAGGAUGGCUGUGUGGAUGUUGAUGAGCUGCGUGCUGGGGCUGCUGGUUGGUCAGGUCUGCAGCUCUGCAGAGCAUCACCACCGUGAUGCAGAGCAGGACCCUCGGACCCUUUACCUCUGGAGAAAUCAAGGAAACGGGAUGAUGAGAGUCAAGAGAGACUGGAUCAUCCCCCCCAUCAGAGUGUCAGAGAACAGCAGAUCCGUUCCUGAAGAUCUGGUCCAGAUCAAGUCUGACAAAAUCUUCUCAGGAGAGGUGAUCUACAAGUUAGAGGGACCAGGGGUGGACCAGGAGCCCAAGAACCUGUUUGAGAUCGAUGAUAAAACGGGAUGGAUCAGGAGCAAGCGACCGCUGGACAGAGAGCAGCACCGUAGCUUCACGCUGAAGGCGUUUGCGCUGUCCCCCAGUGGAGAGAGACUGGAGAACCCGACAACCAUCGAGAUCGUGGUGCUGGAUCAGAACGACAACAAGCCCCUCUUCACUCAGAAGCAGUUUUUUGGGUCGGUGCCAGAGUUCUCUGUCCCAGGCACACUGGUGAUGUCAGUCUCAGCCACAGACGCAGAUGACCCAAUGACAGAAAACGCAGCUCUGGGCUUCUCCAUCGUUGGCCAGGAGAGCAUUCCUCCCAAUGCUGUAAACAAGACUAUGUUUGGCAUCAACAACCAGACAGGAGCCAUCUACACCAGAGACGUGGGCCUGGACCGAGAGGUGGUGAAGGAGUUCAAGUUAAUGCUACGGGUUGCUGACAUGGGCGGCGAUGGGUUGACCGGCGACGCUGUGGCCAUCAUCUCUGUGUCUGACAUCAACAACCAUGCACCCCAGUUUCACCCUGCCUCGUACAGCAUCAAAGCACUGGAGAACCUCUACAAUGUUGAGAUUGGCCGAGUGAGUGUGACGGACAGAGACGAGCCGGGAACAGGAAACUGGGAGGCCAAAUACAGCAUAUCCAACGACCCGCAUGGAAACUUUGCCAUCCAGACGGAUCCAGUCACCAACCAGGGAAUCCUGAUGGUGGUGAAGCCCCUGGAUUAUGAAGUGAAAAGGGAGCACACUUUGGUUCUGGCGGUGGGAAACGUCAAUCCUCUGAGCAGCAAGGCUCCCAACUCCCCACUGAGUUCUGCCACAGUUUCUGUCACUGUUAUGAAUGAAAACGAGGCGCCGUAUUUUAAGGAGAACCCCAUACGGAUCGAGGUCCCCGAAAAUGAGAAACCAGGGAAGCUGCUGAAAAGCAACAUCGCCUCGGACCCGGACCACUCUGAACUCAGAUUUGAAAUAAGCAAAGACCCAGAGGGGUGGCUGAGCAUUGAUGGAGACACAGGAGACAUUUACCUCAGGAGAUCCUUCAACAUGAGAUCGCCGCAUGUCCAAAACAACAUCUACAGUGCAACUAUCACAGUUACAGAUGCCGGCGGUGUCUCAGCCUCCGCAGCGGUGAACAUCGUCCUGGAGGAAACCAACGACUUCCCUCCGCAGCUCCUCCCUUUGAGCAGCUCCUUGUGCACCGGUGGCAGCAGAGCGACUCCUGGUCUUUUACUGACGGCUGUGGAUGAAGAUCGUCCUCCUCACGGCGCCCCUUUCCAUUUUCUCAUCGUUGACUCUUUGUCGUUGAACUGGACCGUCACCAAAGUGAACGAUACCCAUGCAGUCCUCAGCCCCACAGUGGAGCUGGAAGCUGGAGAGUAUGCAGUCGUCGUGUGGGUGGAAGACUCUGGCAGCCCAUCUCACGGCGCUUUAACUCAAGUCAAUGUCACGCUGUGUCCCUGCGACUCCUACGGGGACUGUAGAUCUGAGUCUGGGGCUUUCUUGGGCUCCAGUGUGGGAAUCAGCUUCAUCGCUUUCAUCAUCAUCAUUGCAUGUGCUGUUCUUCUGCUGGUGUUGCUAUUCCUGGCGGUGGCUUUAAAUGCCUGUGGACGGCGUCACCACAUGAAGAGAGGAUCGGGUCUGCUUGUCGGCGAGUCAGAGGACGACAUACGCGACAACGUCCUCAACUAUGACGAGCAGGGAGGCGGAGAGGAGGAUGAGAAUGCGUUCAACAUUGACCUGCUGUGGAACCCCCGUGAUGCGCCUCCCCCUCCGUGGUCCUUCUAUCCGGGGUCUGGCGUUCCUCGAGGCAAGCAGCCCCUCAGGAAGGACGCCCCACAUAGCCUGCCCUCCCCCAUCUACCCCCGGCGGCCUCCUGCAGAUCCCACUGACAUCGAGGACUACAUCAAUGACGGCUUGGAGGCUGCUGACCAGGACCCCAACGUGCCUCCAUACGACACGGCCCUGAUCUAUGACUACGAGGGAGAGGGCUCAGUGGCCGGCAGCCUCAGCUCCAUCGCUUCUGGCAGCUCAGAUGAAGAUCAGGACUACGAUUACCUCAACGACUGGGGACCACGGUUUCAGAAACUAGCCAACAUGUACGACCCACGUUAAAGGCCGAAAGAACGCCACAGAACAAGACUUGUGGAGUUAAGGGCACACGCCAUGCCUGAGGUGUUUUUUUUUUUUGUUUUUUUCCCCCCAUCCUCUGGACAGAUUUUAAACUAAUUUCAGUCCAGCACACAUGUCCUGAGAAAGUGAAUGGGUCUUGAAUUACUUGUGCCUUAUUAGUUUGUUUGGACACAACUUCCAAGGCGACUUGCUGCAGCUUUCUGUAAAAUAAUUCACAUGCUGAAAGAAGCUGUGCGUGUUGCGGUGCAGCGUCUGCUGGUCUUCUGCAGAUCACGGAUGAGGCACACAGACGUUUUUUUAUGCAUUUCUUUUUUUUACAUGUGUAAUUUUAUAAGAUAAAUGUUCAAUGUGUUGCUUUUGUGCUCUUCAACAAACCCUCCAUUCCAGCAUUUGUCAAGCCUUUAAGGGAGGAAUCGUCAAACAGUAACAUGCAAUAAUCUGCAAUAGCUUCCCUGAAGUUAAAGAGAUACAUUUUUCUUUUUCUACAUGUUCCCCUACACUCUUUACUGGUCUUUAAAAUGAAAUCCUAUGUGUUUAUUUCUUAUAAAACUGGCUUUACUUACUCAUGUGCAUCUGUGUAUUUAUCCGGUACGUCGUCUGUAUAUAGACCAAUAAUAAAUACAGCCUGGAAAGUGA